CGCUCCGCGUUGGUUAUCUGCCCGCAAACAGCGAGAGCGUCUGGGCCGAGGAAUCUCUUUUCCUCUGGCUGCGAGACUUUCGGUGUCUGCAGCCGUGCAGGGCGCUGAUAAGCGGGGCACUCAGGAGACAGGCGCCCUCUCGGCGCAACCUCGGGGAGACACACGCUACUGCAGCCCAGGUUACGAAGCUCCUCGGCCGGGAAGGGCAGCUUGCCCGCAAGGCGUGCCUGCGCGGCCUGGCGCCCUCUCUCCACCAGAGGGACUGAGCCGGCGGCGCUUGGUAACCUGAGCCCUCCUCUUCCUUGGGAGAAGUUUCAUGCUGGCGCUGGAGAGGCUCGAGGAGGAGCUGCCACUCCUGUUGCUGCCGCGAGAGCGAGGCGGGGAGAAAGGUGGGUGCCCGGGAACUGGCUACCGCUCGACUUUUUCCUGAUAGACCAUCCAGCCAAGGACACCCCACAGAGCUGAGAUGCCCAGACAGUUCCCAAAGCUAAACCUCUCUGAGGUUGAUGAGUCGGUGCGGCUUCUAGCCGAAAAGGUUUUUGCCAAAGUUCUUCGAGAAGAAGACAGCAAAGAUGCCUUGUCACUAUUCACAGUGCCUGAGGAUUGCCCUAUUGGGCAACAAGAGGCGAAAGAAAGAGAGCUGCAGAAGGAGAUGGCAGAGCAACAGUCAUUGGAAACAGCGAAAAGGAAGAAAAGUUUCAAGAUGAUUCGGUCCCAGUCCUUGUCGCUGCAAAUUCCACCACAAGAAGUGAGAGCUCUGUCGGACACCCCAGUUGUGUCUCCUCCUACUCCAGUGCUUCCAGGUUCUUUGCAACCCACCCAAAGGAUGUAUGAUGUACCAGAAUUUCAAAGAGUUACAAUUAGUGGGGAUUACUGUGCUGGGGUUACUGUUGAUGAUUAUGAGCAGGCUGCCAAGAAUUUGGCAAAAGCUCUCCUUAUUAGAGAGAAGUAUUGUCGCCUUGCUUACCAUCGCUUUCCAAGGACAACAGCCCAAUAUUUAUGCAGUAUGAGAAAUGAACAAUGGAAAGAUGAAGAUGAAGUACUUCCAGAUUUUCAUCCACCCCCAAAAGACCUGCAGGACCUUUACAAUCUUGAUGAUUCUCCAGGGAACCUGGAUUAUGUUGUAAAGAUGAAGGCAGGCAUUUUCUUCGUUUAUGAGAGCAAAGAAAUGAUGGAAGCUGAUGAGCCGUGGAACUUGCCUUAUCCUGAUCUUCAGACUUACACCCUUGACCUCAGUCAUGUGCUGGCUCUCAUUGCAGAUGGCCCAACAAAAACAUACUGCCAUAAGCGGCUCAACUUUCUAGGAUCUAAGUUUGGUUUACAUGAGAUGUUAAAUGAAAUGUCUGAACUUAAAGAACUCAAGAGUAAUCCUCAUCGGGAUUUUUACAAUGUGAGAAAGGUUGACACCCAUAUCCAUGCUGCUGCCUGUAUGAACCAGAAACAUUUGCUGAGGUUCAUUAAACACACAUACCAAACAGAGCCAAACAGGAUAGUGGGAGAGAAAAAAGGCAAGAAGUUAACUUUAAAGCAGGUGUUUGAAAAUCUCAACAUGGAUCCCUAUGACCUCACUGUAGACUCACUAGAUGUCCAUGCAGAUCGCCAGACAUUUCACCGAUUUGAUAAAUUCAACUCCAAAUAUAAUCCAGUUGGUGCAAGUGAGCUGAGGGACUUGUACUUGAAAACAGAGAACUAUAUUGGUGGUGAAUAUUUUGCUCGUAUGGUGAAGGAAGUUGCCCGUGAACUGGAAGAAAGUAAAUACCAGUACACAGAACCUCGGCUGUCCAUUUAUGGACGUUCUCCAGAUGAAUGGCCAAAUUUAGCUAAGUGGUUCAUCAGGCACAAAGUUUACUCACCGCACAUGCGUUGGAUGAUUCAGGUCCCUAGAAUAUAUGAUAUUUUUAGGUCAAAAAAGAUUCUGCCUAGCUUUGGCAAAAUGCUAGAGAACAUCUUCUUACCUCUGUUUGAGGCAACUAUCAACCCAUUGGAACAUAAAGAGCUGCACCUCUUCCUUAAAUAUGUGACAGGGUUUGAUAGUGUGGAUGAUGAAUCCAAGCAUAGUGACCACAUGUUCUCUGACAAGAGCCCCAACCCUGAUAACUGGACUAGUGAAAAAAAUCCUCCAUAUAGCUAUUACUUGUACUACAUGUACAUAAACAUCAUGGUUCUGAACAACCUUAGAAAGGAAAGAGGCAUGAGCACCUUCCUGUUUCGGCCUCAUUGUGGAGAAGCUGGAUCGAUCACUCACCUGGUGUCAGCAUUUCUUACUGCAGACAACAUUUCCCAUGGAUUACUGCUGAAGAAGAGUCCAGUUCUCCAGUAUCUUUUUUAUCUUGCACAAAUCCCCAUUGCCAUGUCCCCUCUUAGCAACAACAGCCUAUUCCUGGAGUAUUCAAAAAACCCACUCCGAGAAUUUCUACACAAGGGACUCCAUGUUUCUCUGUCUACAGAUGACCCAAUGCAGUUCCACUAUACAAAAGAAGCACUGAUGGAGGAAUAUGCCAUAGCAGCUCAAGUGUGGAAACUGAGCACUUGUGACUUGUGUGAAUUAGCAAGGAACAGUGUACUACAAAGUGGUUUGUCGCAUAAGGAAAAACAGAAAUGCAUAGGGAUAAACUAUUCCAGCGAAGGGCCUGAAGGAAAUGACAUUCGAAAGACUAAUGUUGCACAGAUUCGGAUGGCUUACAGAUACGAGAACCUAUGCAACGAGCUGAGUUUCCUAGCUGAUGCAAUGAAGACAGAAGAGAUUACUGCACUGUCAAAAUAGCCACAGUAUCGUGCAAAGGACAGAAGCCUAUGAACAUAACAGGACUUGAGCAUCUGCAGGGGGGAGAGCUGCCUGAUGAUCAAGAGUCUUACGUUGUGUCAGGACUUGGCUGCCAAGUCCAGUUUCUGUAAGCAUAGUUAGGGCUGCUGUACAUAUUCAGAUGCAGGGUCUGAAUCUUCUUUAUGCUGCAAUUAACGUUUAAAAGUGCACUCCAAAUCUAGGCAUAAUAUUUAUAGUGUUUGCAUCUGGGAUACGUGAGUGUCUGCUUUGAAACAAGCAACAUGCUGCAGCUUCUGGUAGCACACAUGCACCUCUUUUGCCAUGCUUAACUAGCAGUAGGCAAGGAUCUAUGGCACUUUAAUCUCUAGUUUGUGUACACUCUUUGAUCUGUAUUGCAAUGAAUGUAGGGAAGAAAAAGAAUAUGACCAAAGAGCUGCAUGUUUUUCCUGGUUGCACAUGAUAGGAAAACCUAUUCACCACUUUUGUCUACAUUUUGUCUGUCUAUACCCCACAAAAAAACCACAAUAAAUCAUAGGUGUGGCCAUUGCUCUUGUAGUUUCAUUAAAUCUUUUAAAUUGUCCUUUGUUGACUAGCAACAUCAGUCAUAAAUGUUUAUGCUGAUUUACCAUUAUGUUUUCUUAUGGUGCACUGGCAUAGGGUCUGAAACUUAUAGAGCAGUCCUAUGUAUGUCUACUCAUAAGUCCUCUCUCCCUUGGCUGUCCAGCACUGUUCAAAUCUGUCAGUCCCUGAAACGUAACCCCCACGUAAAUUGCGGGCUUACUGUAUUAAGAAAUUAAAAGAGUAUGUGCAGAAAAGUCAGCAUUUAAAACUCCCCUUAAGGCUGCUAUACACAUGGUCACAUGGUGUGUACCAGCUGUGCUAACUAGGAAAUUAUAUAAGAUUUCUUAGUUUUGAUUAAAGGUUUAUGGUUGUUUUACAUUCUAGUGAAACAGAAUGGCUGCUAUGGUACUAAAACAGUGUCACAGCACCUUGUUGCACUGGGGAAGCUAUUUACAUACCCCUGUCAUAAGGCUUGGGUGGAAAUGUAUGUGAUUACUUUAAACAAAGAACUACUAAAUAUUUUAAAGUAUUAGGUUUCGUUCUCCAACUUAAAACACUAUCUUGAGCAUCUUCUCACAAAUCCAUGGAGUAGGUUAAGUAUAGGGAGAGCUUGUUUUCCCCCUCUCACCUGUUAUCUUUAGACUGACAUGCCUACUCUGUGCACUAGGUAACUUAAGCAGAAAUCCUAAACAUGAGUCCUACUGAGCUUAAGCAUUUAUUCUUGAGUAAGCAGGCCUAAGAAUUUGUGGAAAGUUCACACUUUUGAAUUAUUUUUAUGGUUAUGGAAUGUCCUACCCUUGAACAAGCAUUUUGAACAACCAAGGACAAGCAUUUUCUUGACAGAUCUUCAUUAUAGCUAGUAUACAGUAUUAAGCAAUGUUUAUGAAUUGUUUCCCAGCUGGAACCUCUGUAUUCUAGAAGGCUACGAUAAACAGGGUCUCAGAACCCUUCCAUUGCUAGAUUUAAUUUUCCAGAAGAGUCAAAAUGAAGAUUAUAUUCACUUGUAAUCAAUAAAAAUGGUGGUGAAAGAA